AUGUCGUACACUCCGCUGAUGAAGAACGAAGAGUGGCCCUCGCAGGACGACUAUAGCGAUGACAGCCAAACACCGCUCAACCGACAAAACCAGCGACCGCUUCGAAAAGAUGGCUGGAGGGUUGUUUUCGCCGUGGUCCUUGCAGCAAUAGUCAGCCUGACUGCUGGUGUUGCAAUUGGAAUGGCUCUGGGUACGCGAGGAAACGAGCUGUUGUUUUCGCAAACCAUGGCUCCGUCGCCUGUUUCUCGAGAUUUGGACAUUGCCUUCCACGAGACGCAAUUCGAAGGCCAUUUCAUGGACGAGAACAUAUAUCGCCUGAAAGGGAACAACGAAACCGAUGCAGCCUGGGAAGCUCUUGGGAUAGAUUAUCGAAGCAUGCAAAUACCGAAAGAUGUUGGCCUGUCAACCGGACUGCGACCUGGCCAUGUCCAGAUCAACGACAAGUAUGGUGGAGGAUUUCCAGCGCACCUCGAAGGACUGCAUCACCUGCAUUGCUUGAAUCUCGUACGCCAGGCUCUGUACUACAACAUCGAUUACUACCGGGCCAAGGGUACGGGAGCCUUCGUGAACGAUGAGAUGGUCGUGCAAAAGCAUGUCUCACAUUGUCUAGACAUCGUUCGACAGCAGCUCAUGUGCCAGGUGGACGUUGGAGUAUUGGGACAAGUGUGGUGGCAACCGAAAGAUACGCCUGUACCGGAACCAUUUGUGGACUUUAACACAAAGCACGUUUGCAGGAAUUUCGAGGCUGUGCGGCAAUGGGCAGAGGAGCGCCAGAUGCCGAUAGAGACACCAGACGAUUUCCUGGCACCACCAGAGCCUGGGUCGGUACUUGAUCACAUGCCAUGAUCAAUAAUGAGCUCAUGAAAUAGCUUGAUUUGUAGCGUUCAAGCGGCACCGCCCUCGUUGCGGCAUCUCGAUUUUGACACCCAUUUCCGAGAGGCC